AAGUACAGCUGCUUAAUAAAACUUUUAAAUAUUGCAACAGAAUAAACAACUUUUUUUUUUAUUGCUUAUAUGGGUAGACGAGCUAACAGCCCACCUGAUGUUAAGUGGUUACUGGAGCCCAUAGACAUCCACAACGUAAAUGCGCCACCCACCUUGAGAUAUAAGUUCUAAGGUCUCAAGUAUAGUUACAACUCAACUUUUACUUUUCCAUUAUGUUUUAUUACCACUUGUAUUUACAAAUGCAUUUUCCAAUUAUACCAAAACCGAUGUUUUGUUCUCGAAACAGACAGUUUCUAGGAAAAAAGUUAACAAAAAAUUUGCAAUUCAAAAACAUGACUGAUUACCGGAAUCGGUACAGAAAAAUGUGUUUUGUAUGUAGACACAAGAAUUGUUUGAAUUACAAUAUUUACUCAGGUCAUCGCAGGUUAUCUGUACACUAUAUAAGAGAGUGAUCGCCUAAAAUUUAAGCACAACUUUAAUAUUUUCGCCUGUGAUAACUCGUGAUCAUAUAAAAAUGAAAUUCUUCAUGAUUUUCGUCCUCGCUCUGCUGGCUAUGGCCAACGCUCAAGACCCAGUUAAGGUAGUGGAAAACGCUGACUCAGUUCGUGACGCGAAAAAACGUUACGGUGUGAACGUCGUCGAUAAUAAUAAUCCUGGACACGUUAACGUGGUCGACAAUAACCAUCCGGGUCACGUUCUCAUCUCGAACCCGGAUCCUGGCUUUUCUCGGCCCGUAAUCGGUCAACCCGGAUACGUGCCAAUAAGUACUGGACCUGCGUACGUAAACCGGCCCUACAACAGACCCCAAAGGCCAAUUGUGAUCAAUGACCCCGAUCCAUUCUUUGCCCAGCCUACUGUAGGAAACGGCUACGAACCUAUUGACAACCGCCCGUACAUCGUUAAUCCUCCCAAAGAUUACAACCCUAAUGGAAACGGCUACGAACCUAUCGACAACGGUGCAUAUUACGUGGACCCUCCCCAAGGCCGACCUUACUUCAAGCCUACCCCUUUCCCUGGUGCUCGCGGUGGGAAGUAAAGAAUAUCUUAGAAAAUUAAUAACGAAAUAAUGUAUUAACAAUAUAUUUCAAAAUUUCAUAUGAAUUUAUGUCAACGGAAUAAAUAAAUAAACAUAUUGUAGUGCUUA